AUGGGCGUUCUCGACAUCGUCCCGGCUGGUGUAUUGACUGGCGAUAACGUCCGUAAAUUAUUCGAUUAUGCUAAAGAAAACAAGUUUGCUAUUCCGGCCAUCAACGUAACCUCAACGUCUACGGCCAAUGCUGCUCUUGAGGCAGCGAGAGACAUCAAGUCUCCAAUCAUCCUGCAAGUCUCUCAAGGAGGAGCUGCAUACUUCGCUGGAAAAGGCCUAGCGAACGAUAAGCAACAGGCAUCCAUCAUUGGCGCUAUCACUGCUGCUCAACACGUCAGACUGGUGGCUAAGGCUUAUGGCGUCCCCGUCGUCAUGCACAGCGACCACUGCGCCGAGAAACUUCUGCCCUGGUUCGACGGCAUGCUCGAAGCUGACGAGGCUUACUACAAAGAACACCAAGAACCCCUGUUCUCCUCCCACAUGCUCGAUCUCUCCGAAGACCCCAAAGAAAAGAACAUCGAAAUAUGCGCCAAGUACUUCAAACGCAUGGCACCGAUCGGUCUCUGGCUCGAGAUGGAGAUCGGAAUCACGGGUGGCGAGGAGGAUGGCGUCGAUAACACUGGUGCUGACAACGCGAGUCUGUACACGCAGCCCGAGGACGUGUAUGAUGUGUACACCACCUUGAGCAAGAUCGGACCUAAUUUCAGCAUUGCUGCUGCGUUUGGAAACGUGCAUGGCGUUUAUAAGCCUGGGAAUGUGAAACUGCUCCCCGACCUUCUUGGGAAACACCAGAAAUACGUGCAGGAGAAGGAGAGUGGGUCCGAUAAGCCUCUGUACCUCGUCUUCCACGGUGGUUCCGGCUCAUCGAAAGACGAGAUCUCCACUGCUGUGGGACACGGUGUCGUCAAGAUGAACGUCGAUACUGAUACGCAGUUCGCUUACCUCACUGGUAUUCGCGACUUUAUAUUGAAGAAGAAGGAUUACCUUGCCACCCAGGUCGGAAACCCAGAAGGUGCUGACAAGCCGAACAAGAAGCUCUACGACCCACGUGUGUGGGUGCGAGAGGGCGAAAAGACUCUUUCUGAACGUAUCAAGGUUGCGUGCCAGGACCUUGGUAACGUUGAUCGUUUGUAG